AGACGGCUUACCAUAAAUCAUUAUUGAGAUGUUCGAAUAUGAUAGCGAAGAUUAAACUAAUUAUAACAACGAAGAAAAGGAAUUAGCAGCAAAACAGUUAGUUUAACAUGGGCGAUAUAAUGGACAACGUCAUAAUGGAACUUCUUUAUCAGAAUGUUCUCGUAUUCAUCAUCGGUGGUUUGUUGUUCGGCGCGAGUCUGUUCGUGCAAAAGUUUGGACUCAUUUACCAAUUCUUGCAUAAGGUUGACAAAGACUCCCAACAACACGGAGGUGAAAUUGUCGCUGAAACGUUGAAAGCUCACGGAGUUGAAUUUAUCUUCACGUUGAUUGGCGGGCAUAUAUCGCCCAUACUGGUUGCAUCGGAGAAACUUGGGAUCCGCGUCGUUGAUACGAGGCAUGAAGUGACCGCCGUGUUCGCUGCUGAUGCGGUGGCAAGGCUGAGUGGUAAAAUAGGGGUUGCAGCCGUCACAGCAGGACCCGGGAUAACGAACACGAUAACCGCCGUGAAGAACGCACAGAUGGCUGAGUCACCACUUCUGCUUAUGGGGGGUGCGGCCGCUUCUAUAUUAAAAGGUCGCGGUGCUUUACAAGACAUCGAUCAAAUGGUGUUACUCAAACCGCUUUGUAAAUACACGGCAACCAUUAAAAGGAUCCGAGAUAUUAUUCCAACGUUACAACAAGCUAUAUCACAAGCUCAAUCAGGAACUCCAGGUCCGGUGUUCGUUGAGUUUCCCAUAGACACAUUAUAUCCGUAUCAUCUCGUGCAGAAGGAAAUUAUGUCGUCGUCAGGGAAAGGUAUUAAGUUCUUUGGAAUCGAUGAUGGACGACAACAGCAUCAUAGUUGCCGAUGGUGGGGACUUUGUCGGAACAGCUGCAUACGUCGUGCGUCCUCGUGGUCCGCUAAGAUGGUUGGACCCCGGUGCAUUCGGAACUCUUGGUGUGGGUGGGGGGUUCGCACUCGGGGCAAAGUUGGUGUGCCCCGAUUCUGACGUUUGGAUAAUAUAUGGAGACGGGACGCUCGGGUACAGCGUGGCUGAGUAUGAUACCUUUCAUAGACACCAGUUGCCGGUUAUAUCUGUGGUUGGAAACGACGCUGGUUGGACCCAAAUAUCUCGCGAACAAGUUCCAAUGUUUGGUAGUAAUGUUGCUUGUGGGCUGAGGUACACAGAUUACCACGUGGUUGCCGACGGUUACGGUGGUAAAGGAUUUCUAUUGGACAAAGAUGACGAAAUAUUGGAAACUUUGAAGAAAGCUCAAGAAGUUUCGCGCAAGGAUAAAGUACCUGCGUUGGUGAAUGUGCUUAUCGGGAAGACCGCGUUCCGCGAUGGUUCUAUUUCUGUGUGAUGUCAUAAUCGUGUAAUAAAUCAUUUAUUGUUAAUAUAUCAAAUUCGCUGCUUUCAAACAAUUGAAUAAUCGUGAUUAUUGUAACCGUGAUUGUGACGUCAUAAAGUGAAUAAAAUGUUUAGAUGUCUA